AUGAAGUUUAUCAUCUUCUGGGCUCUCUUAAACCUGCCUGUUGUUUUAGCCUUUGAUCCAGAUUACACAGAUUUCAUCACCUUCCCCUACUUGGCAUACUUGAAAUCUGAUUACUUGCCCUGCGUUGGAGUCCUGAUCCACCCACUUUGGGUGAUCACAGCUGCACAUUGCAACUUACCGAAUCUUCAGGUGAUAUUGGGGGUUACCAACCCAUCCAAUGACAAGGAAAAUAAUGUACAAAUUGUUGGGUACGAGAAGAUCAUUUAUCAUCCAUACUUCUCAGUCGCUUCUACUGAAAAUGACCUCAUGUUAAUAAAGCUGAAAACAAAUAUUCAACUCAACGACUAUGUGAAUAUGGUCAGCUUACCCACUGAACCUGUGUCCGAAAAAGCUGUGUGCACUGUCUCCACCUGGGGCUACAACCUGUGUGAUGACUCCAGUGACCCCAACUCACUACAAAAUGUGAACAUCUCUGUAAUCUCCAAGAGUCAAUGCCGCAAUACCUAUAAAGCCCAGAACAUCAAAGAAACCAUGCUGUGUGUGGGCAUUGUGCCAGGAAGGAGGAAGCCUUGCAAGGAAGUCACCGCUGCCCCAGCAGUCUGCAAUGGAAUACUUCAAGGAAUCUUGACUUUUACAGAUGGAUGUGUUUUGAGAGCUGACGUUGGCAUUUAUACCAAAAUCUUUAACUACAUGCCCUGGAUUGAAGCCACAAUCCAAAACAACUGA